UAUCUGCAAAUCUGUAUAUCCAUAGGAGUUCAAAUCAUAUGCUGUUUUUGCAUGUUUGUCGGCGAGUUUGUUGUUAAAUUCAGUAAUGCGCGAAUUACCGCGCAUCACGCGCGCCUUGCGCGCUUUUACAAAUCGGUGCCGAGAGCUGGACCUUCGGAAAGUAAAUGACUUGAAUGCCAAAAGACAGGAGGUGACAGCAAAAGUCAAAAGGGACUUGAAUUGGAAUGAGAUUUGUAAACAAGUACCCGUAGACAUAACAACUCUGCUUACCAAAAUACAGCAUCUCGUUUCCAAGAUUUGUGAAGGACAACCUACGGAGGUGAUCAAUGAAUUAUCUGUUUAUAUAUUGAGAUUAGUGAUUCAAGAAAAGGUAGUUAGUCAAAAAACGAUGACUGAACUGAGGCAGUUACUCGGUACAGCUGAUCAAAAGUCUAUGAAAGAUAUAAUACAGAUUAUAGCAGAAAUUCGUCAAAAAAUAUCAGAGGAUGACUUAGAUAUUAUUUUAAAUAAAAAAGAUACAACAACAGAUCUCCGAAGUGAGCCAUUUGGAAAGAAAAUCCCAUAUCAUUCAGCAGAAGUUUCAUGGCCUAAAACUGACAUGCUUCAUGACAUGAAUGCAAAAAAUUUUAAAAAUAUAACAAAAAGGUUUGAUGAACUCUUAAGAGCUCCACAAAUAGAAACUACAGUGAGAAAAACUGAGUUUGAUAAGCAACAAGUAAACAAGGGUAUGAAACAAGCUUUUGAAAAAUACAAAACAGCUAUGUCUUAUGAUGAAUUUGUAAACGUUGUUAUAAGCAAAUUAAAAGCUCCUGGUGAUUCAGCUGAAAGUGAAUUGUUUGAUUUAUUGGGAUGUGAAAAUAUAGAAUUUAUUGAAUAUGUCAUUGAGCAUCGUAAACAAAUACUGGCAUGGCACAGCAAUCAAAAACUAACAAAAACUUUUAAUACUAUGGAGAAGCAACCUCAGAUAUCUUCUCAGGUUAUAGUUCAGUCUGAAAAAGAAAAACAGUUAAUGAAACAAGUACGCAAAGAAGAGAAAAAAUUACAAAAGGUAGCCAGCAAAUUUGAUAGUGGAAGAGAUCUUGAUGAUGAUGACUACGAAGUAUUUAAUCCUAUAGAGUUAAGGCUCAAGAGACAAGAAGCUCUAUCUGCAAAAGCUGAACCUUUAUUUAAAAAGAAUAGAAGUAGUGUAUACAGUACUGCAGUCAAAGAGCAGUAUCCAUUUGUGUUUGAUUCAAAGCUGUGUGCAAAAGCUUCUGCUGGAUUUGUAUCGGGACAAAGGAUGAUACUACCAGAAAACGUCAAGAGAACCGAUAGUCAACUGUGUGAGCAAGUUGAUAUUCCUAUUCCUGUCAUAGAUCCCUUAACUGUUGGAAACAAUCGUGUUACAAUUUCUUCAUUAGACGAAAUUGGACAAAUGGCGUUCAAAGGCGUCGAGUCGCUGAAUAGGAUACAGAGUAUAGUCUUUGAUGCUGCUUAUCAUACAAACGAAAAUUUGCUCAUUUGUGCGCCAACUGGUGCGGGAAAAACAAAUGUCGCACUGUUAACAGUGGUACAUCAAAUUAAACUUCACAUAGAUAAUGGCAUUUUAAAGACUAACGAAUUCAAGAUCGUAUACAUAGCUCCAAUGAAAGCUUUAGCUGCAGAAAUGACAGCUAAUUUUAGUAAAAGACUUGGAAAUUUGGGGAUCGCAGUGCGCGAGCUGACAGGUGACAUGCAAUUAACAAAAACUGAAAUACAACAGACACAAAUGAUAGUGACGACGCCAGAAAAGUGGGAUGUGGUUACGCGCAAAGGAACAGGAGAUGUUGCGUUGACAAGGAUAGUUAGAUUGCUUAUCAUUGAUGAAGUGCAUCUCCUUCAUGGCGAUCGUGGUCCUGUUGUAGAAGCUCUUGUGGCCCGUACUCUUCGACAAGUGGAAUCUUCUCAAAGUAUGAUUAGAAUAGUCGGUCUUUCCGCAACACUGCCAAAUUAUGUUGACGUAGCCCGAUUUCUCAGAGUAAAUCCGUACAAAGGACUGUUUUACUUUGACCAUCGUUUCCGACCGGUACCUCUGAGUCAGACUUUUAUAGGUGUCAAAGCUGUCAAGCCAAUGCAGCAGAUGAACGAUAUGGAUUUGGUUUGCUAUAAUCAAGUAGUUGAUAUGGUUCGCAAAGGGCACCAGGUCAUGGUGUUUGUCCAUGCUCGAAACGCUACGAUAAGAACGGCAAACGUACUCAAGGAAAUGUCUAUACAAAACGGUACUCACAAAUUGUUUCUUUCCGAGGAGGGUUCAAAGUUGGCUCAGAAGGCAUUCAAUAGAUCACCCAACAGAUAUUUGAGCGAAUUGUUUGAGCACGGCUUAUCCGUACACCAUGCUGGCAUGUUACGUACUGAUAGAAAUCUUGUUGAAAAGUAUUUUUCCGAAGGGAUGAUCAAGGUGCUCGUUUGCACAUCGACACUUGCUUGGGGUGUAAACUUGCCAGCUCAUGCAGUAAUUAUACGGGGUACUGAGAUUUACGAUUCAAAACACGGCUCUUUCAUCGAUUUAGGAAUACUCGAUGUUUUACAAAUUUUUGGCCGGGCGGGUAGACCUCAGUUUGAUACCUCGGGGCAUGCGGUCAUCAUUACGUCACACGACAAGUUGUCUCAUUAUUUAUCGCUUUUAACGAAUCAGUUCCCUAUUGAGAGUAGUUUUAUCAGGUAUCUGGCCGACAAUUUAAAUGCAGAGAUCGUAUUAGGUACAAUAUCGAAUGUGGAAGAAGCCGUGGAAUGGUUGAGUUACACAUAUCUUUUCGUUCGAAUGAGGCUCAAUCAUCUAGCGUACGGUAUUGAGUAUCAGACGAUCGUUGAAGAUCCUAAUUUGGAGAAAAAGAGAAAAGAAUUUAUACACUCUUCGGCUAUGGCACUCGAUAAAGCGAUGAUGAUACGGUACAAUACGAGUACCGGAGAUUUGAAUGCUACUGACCUUGGCAGAACGGCUAGCCAUUUCUACUUGAAGUACGACACUAUCGAGAUUUUCAACGAGCUCAUGAAGCCAAUAAUGACUGAAGCUGAUAUUUUGGGAAUGAUUUCUCGUUCGCAAGAGUUUGAACAGCUUAAAGUUAGAGAUGAUGAAAUGGAUGAACUAGAAAACUUGCAAUCGGAUUAUUGUGAAGUUAUUCCGCAGGGUGGAAAGGAAAACAUCCACGGAAAAGUCAAUAUAUUGAUACAGACAUACCUGUCAAGGGGGAGAGUUCAGUCCUUCUCUUUGUUAUCUGAUCAAGCAUACAUUACACAGAAUGCAGUGCGUAUAUGCAGAGCGUUAUUCGAAAUGAUGCUGCGCAAAAAUAAUGCCAUCAUGGCUGGUCGGGUACUGAGUAUGGCUAAGAUGUUGGAACUGCAACAAUGGGAUCACAUGAGUGCCUUGCGCCAAUUUUAUUGUUUACCCUUUGAAGUCGUGUCCAAAAUAGAAGAACGUGAAUUGACGGUUGAACGGCUAAGAGAAAUGAGCGUGAUGGAAAUCGGUAACAUGCUUCGCAAUCAGAAGGCUGCAGCUCUUGUGAAGAAGUGUACCGAGGAGUUUCCUUCCCUUGAUUUUGAAGCUACUUUGCAACCCAUCACUCGAACCGUUCUAAGAAUCCGCUUGCAAAUAAUUCCGGAAUUCAAAUGGAACGAUAGGAUCCACGGCAAAAACUCUGAAGCUUUUUGGCUAUGGAUUGAAGAUCCAGACAGCAAUUACAUCUACCAUUACGAGUAUCUUCAACUUACUAAAAAACAAGUAGUUACGAUGUCAGGACAAGAACUAGUAAUGACAAUUCCUCUAAGCGAACCUCUUCCAAAUCAGUACUUCGUAAAAGCUACUAGCGACCGCUGGCUCGGUUGCGAAUUCUUACAGCCAUUGAAACUGUCAGGCUUGAUAUUACCAGAAUCUCAUCCACCUCAUACGGAUCUUUUAGAACUACAACCAUUACCAGUCAGUGCUUUGAAAGCACCGGAAUUCGAAAAAUUGUAUAAGUUCACUCACUUUAAUCCUAUUCAGACACAGAUAUUCCAUUGCCUGUACCAUACAGACCAUAACGUCCUCCUGGGGGCACCGACGGGUUCGGGUAAAACGAUUGCUGCCGAAAUAGCCAUGAUGAGGGUCUUCCGAAGCGAACCAGACCGAAAAGUAGUAUACAUAGCUCCAUUGAAAGCCCUGGUAAGAGAACGAAUGAAGGAUUGGACAAAGAGGUUGGGAGGUCAACUCGGAAAGAACGUUGUAGAAUUAACAGGAGACGUAACACCCGAUGUCAAAGUAAUCUCUACCUCUGAUGUGAUAGUGACGACGCCUGAGAAAUGGGAUGGUAUCAGUAGAAGCUGGCAAACGAGGAACUACGUUCAAAAAGUAGCCUUGAUUAUUAUUGACGAGAUUCAUCUGCUUGGUGAGGAUCGUGGUCCCGUGCUAGAGGUCAUCGUUUCGAGAACUAAUUUCAUCGCCUCUCACACCUCCAAGAGCCUGAGGAUCAUUGGUUUAUCUACAGCUUUAGCUAAUGCAGUCGAUCUAGGUCAUUGGCUCGGAAUCAAGAGGAUGGGCCUGUACAACUUCCGUCCAUCGGUGCGACCAGUCCCACUAGAAGUACACAUAGCUGGCUUCCCAGGCAAACACUACUGUCCACGUAUGGCAACGAUGAACAAGCCUACUUUUGCAGCGAUUCGUCAGCAUGCUCCUGUUAGUCCAUCCCUCGUUUUCGUUUCGUCGCGCCGACAGACGCGACUCACAGCUCUCGACCUCAUCGCUUAUCUUGCAGCCGAGGACAACCCAAAACAGUGGUUACAUAUGCCUGAGGAAGAGAUGGACAAUAUACUUGACAACAUCAAAGAUGUUAAUCUCAAGCUCACUCUUGCAUUUGGCAUUGGACUACAUCAUGCCGGUCUUGAGGAAAAGGAUCGUCAAACCGUAGAGGAGCUCUUUGUUAAUAAUAAGAUUCAGGUUCUCGUCACUACGGCAACUUUGGCCUGGGGUGUCAACUUCCCGGCCCAUUUAGUCGUGAUCAAAGGCACCGAGUAUUACGACGGUAAAACCAAACGUUAUGUGGAUAUGCCCAUCACUGAUGUAUUGCAGAUGAUGGGCAGAGCUGGACGGCCUCAGUUCGACGAUUCGGGAGUUGCAGUAGUUCUCGUUCACGACAUCAAGAAAAACUUUUACAAACAGUUCUUGUACGAGCCUUUCCCUGUCGAGUCGAGCUUGCUUCAAGUUCUACCCGAUCACAUUAACGCUGAAAUCGUUGCCGGCACCAUCAAGAGCAAACAAGAGUUUCUCGAUUACCUUACUUGGACGUACUUCUUCCGCAGAUUGCUAAAAAAUCCUAGAUACUAUAAUUUGGAUAGUAUGGAGCCCGAACUUGUAAACUCCUACUUAUCAAAGUUGGUUGACGAAACCCUCGGAGUUCUCAUCGAGUCGCAAUGUAUAUUCAACGAUGAGGAAGAGCAAUGCAUAGGUCCACUACCAUUAGGAAGGAUCGCCUCUUAUUAUUAUUUAUCGCACCAGACCAUUGCCAUGUUCAAUGAGAGCCUACAGGAUGACCUUUCGUUGGAAAAAUGUUUGCGAGUUAUGUGCAAUGCUCACGAGUAUGACGAACUCCCUGUUAGGCAUAAUGAAGAUUUGCUUAAUGAAGAAUUAGCAAAAAUGUGUAGGUAUCCCGUUGAACGUCUGUCUUACGAUUCGUCAAACACAAAAGCUUUCCUGCUUUUACAAGCGCAUUUUUCAAGAUUGCCAUUACCUUGUGCUGAUUACUAUACCGAUUUAAAAUCUGUACUCGAUCAGUCCAUACGAAUAUUACAGGCUAUGAUAGAUGUGGUAGCAGAACGAGGUUUCUUAUCUUCGACUCUUCGAGUGAUGCAGCUUCUUCAAAUGGUUCUUCAAGCUAGAUGGAUUGACGAGCCCGCACUUUUGACAUUGCCGUACAUCGAGAAAGAACAUUUACAUUUAUUUUCUGAAUUUCCCAAGUGCCUUCCAUGGUUUUGCACAACCGUUGCUAAUAAUUAUGGUCGAUUGUCUAACGUUUUACUUCAAGAGUUUAUCGAUGAUCACGUUAGCAAGAUACAUCAAGUAGCCAAAGAUAUGCCAGUUAUAUGCAUCGAUUUAUGCAUACAAGGCGACGCAGAGUUUAACGAAGAAGAUAAAAAAAUUGAAAUUUCCUCCAAAACACCGCAACAAUAUCUUCAUUUGAAUGGGGAUCAAGAAUACACAUUGGUAGUGGGCACGAAGCGAAAAAAUUACUCGCAAACACUGAAAGCCCACUGUCCGCGAUUUCAUCGUGGAAAAGACGAAGGCUGGUUCUUGGUCCUCGGCGAUCUCGAGCAUCGCGAGUUAUGGGCUUUGAAACGGGUGUCGGGAAUCAAUGGGCCGCGAAAGACUCAUUACCUGCAAUUCACCACACCAGCAACUUCGGGCCAUGUAAAACUGCAACUCUAUAUCAUAUCAGAUUGUUACUUGGGAUUGGACCAACAAUACGCCGUUCCAAUAAAUGUGAUACUAUAAGUUUAGUAAGUUUUCCAAGAUUUUAAAUAUACUUACUUGUUAAAUAAGGGAGAUCAAGUAUUAUUACUACACGCUGUAAAAAUAUACGUAGGCAUUGAAGUUUAUGAAAAAAGUAAAACUUUUUAAGAACGA